AUGGCUUGCAGUCCGCUAGAACAAUUUGCAAUUAUUCCAUUGAUUCCUAUUCAUAUAGGAAAUUUCUAUCUUUCAUUUACCAAUUCAUCUUUGUUUAUGCUAUUAACUAUCAGUCUAGUAUUGCUUCUAGUUCAUUUCGUCACUUUAAAUGGAGGACACUUAGUACCAAAUGCUUGGCAAUCCUUUGUGGAAAUUAUUUAUGAUUUUGUGCUUAACUUGGUAAAUGAACAAAUAAGCGGUCCUUCUUCGAUGAAACAACGCUUUUUUCCCCUAAUCUUUGUCACUUUUACUUUUUUAUUAUUUUGUAAUCUCAUUGGUAUGAUACCCUAUAGUUUUACAGUAACAAGUCAUUUUAUAAUUACCCUGGGUCUUUCAUUAUCUCUCUUUAUCGGAAUCACUAUAGUUGGAUUUCAAACACAUGGGCUUCAUUUUUUUAGUUUUUUAUUGCCGCAAGGAGUACCCUUGCCGUUAGCACCCUUCCUAGUACUUCUUGAGCUAAUCUCCUAUUGUUUUCGCGCAUUAAGUCUAGGAAUACGUUUAUUUGCCAAUAUGAUGGCUGGUCAUAGUUUAGUCAAGAUUCUAAGCGGGUUUGCUUGGACUAUGCUAUCUAUGGGGGGUAUUAUGUAUUUAGCCCAUCUUGCUCCUUUUUUGAUAGUAUUCGCAUUAACUGGUUUGGAAUUAGGUGUUGCUAUAUUACAAGCUUAUGUUUUUACUAUUUUAAUUUGUAUUUACUUAAAUGAUGCUAUAAACCUUCAUUAA